AUGUCACAGGUCUCAGACAGUCCGGUCCGGCCCGAUGUCGAAAAUUGUAAAAUCCGAACCAAACCGAUUUUAUCCGAUUUUAAAAUCAUACAACCGGUUCCAGAUCCAACCGGUUCAAAACAGGACCGGUUUUCUGGUUUAAAAUCGCUGGUUACCUUCGCGACCAUCGAUGUGGAGAAUGUCAGGAUUCUUUCAGACCAAGGAGGAGAUGGAACUUCUGAAGGGGCAAAGGUGCUCUUACAGAGCAUAUCUAAAAAGCAGGGGAAGAAAAUGAAUUUUGCUGAAUCUGUUUGGAUAUUUCUCGUUUGGUGGACGCACGGUUAUUUGCAUUUUCUAGAAGCUGGAUAUUACUUCUGGAUGUAGAAGAAGAAAACUACCAUAAAGUAUGUUGCUCGGUGGUGGUAGGCUUCAACUCUGGAUGUAGGGUCCAGAAAACAGGGACCAAAUUGUUGAAUCCAAUACCCAAACCUUGAAAUUGAGAGGGGUUGUUAAGAAGGGAGAGAGUGAAGGCGAGAUAAAUUUUCUCGCCAGAAGAUAGUAAAACCAUUAAGAGGCUGGCUAUUUGCACCUUUUAUUUUUAUUUUCACUGAAAAUAGAGAUUAUAAGUUUGUCAUUUUCGGGUGUAUGAUUUGUUUUACCAAUGUCAUCUAUGUUUUUAUUGUCUUCUUCAGCAAAUGUAUUGUAGAAUUGAUCCUUGUUAGUGGUUUUGUUGUUCUUCAAACAUAGCUAAAUCA